UCCAUGCACGGGAGGUGAGCAGGAGCCGCGUGCGGAUGUAACACGACUUCGGAUUGGUUGUAUUUUGUCAACGGUUAUGUCAGAGCGUCUGUCAUUGGCGUGUUGUAUGUAGGCGGUGCAGUACAUGGCAUUUCAUUGAUAUAGGCUACAGUUGGUGGCUUCAGAUUCGCCACACGGAGAGGAAAGGCUGAGAAAGUAAGGAAGGCUUCAUGUAGGUUUUUUUAAGAAGGCACGAGAAGUGUUUUAAUUAUUUUAAAGAGUGGUGGCACACCAAAGAUUUAAACACAGACACAGCCAAAAUGCUCUGCCACGUUACUCGUCCGGAUUCGGUGGUGAUGGAAGUGGAAGUUGAUGCGAAGGCGAACGGUGAAGACUGUCUAAAUAAGGUUUGCAGAAAGUUGGGCAUAAUAGAAGUGGACUACUUCGGGCUGCAGUUCACUGGCAGCAAAGGAGAGAACCUAUGGCUGAAUCUGAGGAACCGUAUCUGCCAGCAGAUGGAUAAUGUGACGCCAUGUCGACUGAGGCUACGCGUCAAGUUCUUUGUGGAGCCGCAUCUGAUUCUGCAGGAACAGACGAGACACGUCUUCUUCAUGCAUGUGAAGGAGGACCUCCAUAACGGGCACCUACGCAUGGCCUCAGAACAAGCAGAAGAACUAAGUGCGCUACUGGCACAGGCAGAGUUUGGCGACUACAACCAAAACACAGCACAGUACUGGUACACGGAGCUGUGCGGAGAGGAGCCCAGCACGGCCACCAUCGACAGUAUCAUAUCCAGACACAAAGCUCUGGAGGGCUCUAGUCAGGGCUCAGUGGAGUACCAGGCCCUGCAGCUGGUCUCCUCUCUGGAGCAUUACGGCGUGGAGUGGCACUGGGUCAGAGAUGCAAAUGGACAACGGUUAGCCAUCGGAGUCGGCCCGGAGGGGAUCGCUAUUUGCAAGGAAGACUUUAGUUUAGUUAACAGAGUAAGCUAUCCUGUCAUCCAGAUCGCCACCCAGUCGGGGAAAAGUGUGUACCUGACCGUCACCAAGGACACAAGUGACAGCGUGGUGCUUUUGUUCAAGCUGAUCAGUAACAGAGCAGCAAGUGGAUUGUACCGAGCCAUCACAGAGACCCACGCCUUCUACAGGUGUGACACAGUAACAAACGCAGUAAUGAUGCAGUACAGCAGAGACUUUAAAGGCCACCUAGCCUCCCUUUUUCUCAACGAGAACAUCAACUUGGGCAAGAAGUACGUUUUUGACAUCCGGCGGACAUCCAAGGAAGUAUACGACCAUGCACGCAGAGCCCUUUACAACUCUGGCGUUGUGGACCUGAUGUCCCGCUCUGGUAGCGGUGACCGCUCUUCUCCAUCACGUUCCCCCAGCAGAGACAACCAGCAAGACGAGGGGCUGGACUGUGGAAGCUGCCAGCAGAGCCGGGCCCUGCAGGAGCGUCUGCAGAAGCUCCGAGAGGCUCUGCUGUGCAUGCUGUGCUGCGAGGAGGAGAUAGACGCUGCGUUCUGCCCCUGUGGGCAUAUGGUGUGCUGCCAGACCUGUGCAAAUCAGCUCCAGUUGUGUCCUGUGUGCCGGUCGGAAGUGGAGCACGUGCAGCACAUCUACCUGCCCACCUGCACCAGCCUGCUGAACCUGACGCUGACCGACAACCACCAGCACCGCAGCAGCAUACCCGCACCCAUCCACAGAGAAAUAGACUCUCCUCACAGCUGCUCGGCCACGGAGUACGAACACAAGAUUUACCACACUUAAAGGCAACUGCAACAAACUCCAUUCUGAACUCUUUAGGGCUGCAACAGCCUGACUCAAGGUUUCACAAAGAAGGAACAUUUCUCGUCCAUACGAAAGUACCAAACAUAUACUGACUGAGCAUAAUCAAAGAUGGACGCACUCAAUCCACUCCCUCAGCUACUCUGUGUGUGUGUUUGUGUGAGUUUAAUCGUUAUUUCAACUCAUCUUCUAAGUAUUGUUGCUACUGGAUGUGCGUCACUCUGUCCAAAUCUUGUGUGUUUCACACAUCAUCAUCCCCUGCCAAAACAAUGUUUUUAGAUUAGACUUGUUUCGUCCUUAAAUUAUUGCAUCAGUUGACCUGAUACAGUGAAGAGACAUUCUGUAGUUUUUUUGCAUUUCUGUUUGUGCCUCCUCGCCACAGUACCUGAACCAUUUAAUGGACGUGUGUGUGUUUGAACAUCUAAGCACUGUACAUAAUGGUUGAGUCUUUUUUUUAAUGCUUUCUGACAUUUUAAAGCUUCUCUGUUUUGAUUUGAGAACAUAAUUUUAUGAUAACGGCGUGAAAUGCUUCUUUUUUUUUAAGUAUUUAAUUUCUUAUUUGUUUUUCAUGUUUAAUGUUUCCAGCCAAUUAAGGGGUUUCUAGAGGCUAAGCAGCACUGCAUACUAAUCAAGCUAGAAAGCUCCCAUGGGCCACACAGGGUUCUUCUUUCAACCACGCAAAACUGUGACUUUGGAAGUGAAAUGCAGUAUUCUGCCGACACUCCCACAACCUCCUUCACUCUGAAAACUGGUUUUGUUGACUAACUGCCACUCGUCCAAAACAACAAGCCUGGUUUCAUAACUGCUGCACCUUUACUGUUUUAUCUCCAUGCCAACAUAAAGCUAAAAGUUAAAAACCUCAGAGCCACAUGGCUAGACACACAAGACAAGGAAUUAGCCUUGCAGCUGCUUCCUCUAAAAACCUCAUGUCUAUUUUUUUUUCUGGGGCGAACUAGUGAGGUUUUUGUUGUUGUUUUUUUUAAAGGGUACUAGGCGAUUUAUCAGUGCAAUAAUUUCUUGCUUUUGAAAAGCUUUCAUUUACAAGUUUUAUUUAAUUUCAAAGACUAUAUUUAAGAAAAGAGAGAAAAAAACACAACAUUGUCACUUUACCAAGAAAGUUUUCCACACGUCUGUAGGGGGUUUGGCCUUAAUGUAGCAGCAACACCGUGUUUAUGAUAAACUUUCCACAGACUUUUUUUCUGUUAAGAAAAGGAAAACUGAAUUUCUUUAAUGCUGACUUGAUUUAAGCUCAGUCACUGCAGGGGAAGGACUUUUAUUUUUCACAUUGUACAGGUAGGGAUUUGUUUCUGUUUUCUGAAGCAAAAGCCACUAUGCUAUGUAAAAUAACUCUUAGAAUGAAACCUUUUUUAUAUAUUCUGUUUUUAACAAAAGAAAAAGUAUUAAUAAAGUUGUUUUUUAAAACA